GACAUAUCUUACAACCAAACAUUUUUUGUUUCAUUUUUCUACCUCUUGUAUUCCUUGACAAUAUUUGUAAUCACAUUCAUUAAUUUUCUCAAAAGUUUUUAUUUAUAAUCAUUUUUUGAUACCUUUAUCUUUCUUAUUUUGUUCAAUCGGGUGUUGAUUUGUUUGAGAAAAUGAAGGAAAGUGUUGGAAACCCUUUGCACUUGAAAUCUGUGAAUCAUAUAUCACUCAUAUGCAGAUCAGUGGAAGAAUCAAUGGAUUUUUACCAGAAUGUUCUUGGUUUCUUCCCAAUUAGAAGGCCUGGUUCUUUUAAUUUUGAUGGAGCAUGGCUAUUUGGGUUUGGGAUUGGUAUUCAUUUGUUAGAAGCAGAGAACCCAGAAAAGUUACCAAAGAAAACAGAAAUUAAUCCAAAGGAUAAUCAUAUAUCUUUUCAGUGUGAGAGUAUGGGAGCAGUUGAGAAAAAGCUGAAAGAAAUGGAAAUCGAUUACGUUAGAGCAAUAGUAGAGGAAGGUGGAAUUCAAGUAGAUCAGUUAUUUUUUCAUGAUCCAGAUGGAUUCAUGAUUGAGAUAUGCAAUUGUGACAGUCUUCCUGUGAUUCCAUUAGCUGGUGAGGUGGCAAGAUCAUGCUCUCGUUUGAAUCUUCAACAACUAAUGCAGAAUCAGAAUCAGCAACAACAACAACAUCAGAUACAUAAGAUUGUUAAGUGAUUGGUUAUUAUAGUAUUGUUGUGAUUGUGAUGUGACCAAUUCAUGCAUCUUCGAUGAGUCAUGGAAUUGUACUUGCUUUUCUUUUGUUGUUGCUUUCUACUUGUCGAUUUAUGAUGUUGUUUUUAUUUAUUAUGUACUUGUUAUUAGUAAAUAAUUGUCAAGUUGUUUGUACUCGAAACAGAGUGGUUUUUUUUAGUUGUUGUGAUUGGUGUUUGGUUUGUUAUGGUCUUUUCUUUAUUACAAGUCUAUUUGUCUAAGGUUUGGUAUAUAAUAUUGUCUUUUUUGUUA